AUGGAUCUUCUAUCAGUCUUGCCUGGCUUCGCGACAAAACCAUACGCACAUCUCCUGCCUUCGUUAGAGCGCAGCAAACUGACAACCGUCGACCUUAUCACCCUUGACACGCUUGAGAUCGCGAAACGCGCUCAUGUCCCGCCCGCAGACGUGCGGCGGCUAUGCGUCCGCGUUGUCGAGGCGCUGCACGCCGACCUUGGCUUCCAGAAAACACAGACAAACAUAGGCUCUGCGGAAGAGAAAGAGCCUAGUUCGAGUCUCAAUGCAGAUGCUGCUGUUACCCUCGGCCCCUCGAUCAAUCUUCAACCGUCGCGAUGGGAGAUGAUCAGCACCCUGGACCCCACCAUGGAUGCGCUCUUGGGAGGCGGCAUUCCAACAGGAUACCUGACGGAAGUGACAGGCGAAAGUGGCAGCGGCAAGACUCAAUUACUCCUUAGCCUCCUCCUCGCCGUUCAGUUAGCCAAACCCCGUGGAUUACAGAAGCGUGCUAUCUACAUAUCCACAGAGCAUCCGUUAGCCACAAAUCGUCUCUUCCAAUUACUCGAAUGCCAUCCAUACCUCUCGACCCUCCCCAAAGACCAGGCCCCGACGUUUGAGAAUAUCCUCUCUAUCAACGCCAUGGACCUGGAGACGCAAGACCACAUCUUGAACUACCAGCUCCCGGUUGCAAUUGCAAAAUACAACGUUGGACUAGUCAUCAUGGACUCACUCACAUCGAAUUACCGCGCUGAGCAUACCGACCACAGCAUACUAGCCCUUUCCAACCGAUCCACUGCGCUCGCCAAGCUAGGCCACAUGCUCCGCAACCUCGCUGUAAAAGAGAACAUUGCAAUUGUCAUCGCAAAUCAAGUCUCAGACCGGUUCGAGACCGUCGAAACCAUUGUCAACGAUGUCCCACGUUCUGCCUUGACCCCAGCAGUUCGGGAAUCUGGUGUUGCCUCGCCAAUCCCUCGAAACAGAUCCGAUAUACUAGGCCCAUCAACACAGUCCCCAUAUGAUGCCCCCUCUUCUUCCCCAGCUUCAUCACAGUACCCACCCGAAGAUGACAAAUUCGCCGGCUCAUAUCUCGUCGGGAACCCGGCCCGGAACGACCUCAUGAGCCUCCUGCACCAGGAACGCUUCUUUACUGGCUGGGGAGAUACUGAGUAUCCCAAUACAUCCUCCCUUAAGACCCCAGCGCUGGGCUACUUCUGGUCAACGCAGAUCGCAUGUCGCAUCGCGUUGAAGAAAGAGACUCGCUCCAUAUUUGUGCCUUGGGAUGGUGCCUAUCCUCUAUCCACACCUUUAGAGCAGAUGGGGCCCCCUCAAGAGCAGGUGGAGAAGGUACCUGAAGUAAAGUCUGCAUUUGCUACUGCCCGGCAAACACAUACUGGGGAAGUCACAUCAGAGGCCCCGAUCUCCAAGGAAGAGAAGUCUGCUUCCCAAUCCCCCAAAGAACCCUCGCCAGCACCAGUUCCAAGACCUGCGUCUCCGGUUGUUCCCGAGCCAGAGCAAAUCACAAGACGAAUCAUGAAAGUGGUAUUUGCUCCUUGGACUGCUGGAUCGAGGGGGCAUGUGGCCGACGGAGAUGAAGCAGAAUCAAUACCAAGGCCAAAAAUGAGUGAGACGGGAUUUGAGAUUUGGAAAGGAGGGCUGCGCAGUGUCGAGCCGGAAAAGUGA